AGAACAGACAGCCAGAGCAGCACAGAAACAGACAGAGGUAGAGCAGGGGCAGGAGACGCCACACUCCAUCCAGCAACCAUGACAACUGAGGCAAGCGCAUACCAAGCCAGCGUACCCUCACGCCACCGAUAAUACUGACAGCAGGGACGACUGCAGGACACGCUGGGACACUGCAAACCUGGAAUGGUUUAACUGAUUUUGCUCUUUUGUUCAGCUCCUUUCACCUGGGGUCAAUUCAUCAGGGUGGGCUGAACCCGGAUCAAAGCGAACAGCUGGAGCCUUUUCCACUGCGACCCAUCAAUGGAGUCCCUGAGGUGGGUUUAAUAGCGCUCAAUGGUUCUCCUCCGGAGCAAACGACCUGCCGGCAGACUUGUCUUGAAAACCGCCUGUAAGACAGAAGGGACGAAACAUGUAAGCCAAAUGACACAGGCUUUGUCUGGACUUGUGUCAUUUUAUGUCAACGAGUCCACAUGAACCCCAUGGCGCAGCUAUACUACAACAAAGCCAGUAACUCCCCGUACCGCGAUCGCAUCCCACUGCAGGUCGUGAGGGCGGAAGUUGAGCUGUCUGCCAAGGAACGAGCCUACCUGACGGCGGUUGAGAAGGGAGACUAUGCUGGAGUUAAACAGGCCCUUGAGGAGGCCGAGAUCUAUUACAACAUCAACGUGAACUGCCUGGACCCAUUGGGCCGCAGCUCACUCCUCAUCGCUAUUGAGAAUGAGAACCUGGAGGUGAUGGAGCUGCUGUUGAGUCAUGGUGUACACAUGGGUGAUGCACUCCUUUACGCCAUCCGUAAGGAGGUGGUGGGAGCAGUGGAGUUACUGCUAUCCUACAAGAAGCCAAGUGGUGAGAAACAGGUUCCUUCUCACAUGAUAGACACACAGUUUUCAGAGUUUACACCCGAUAUCACUCCAAUAAUGUUGGCUGCUCACACUAACAACUAUGAGAUAAUCAAGCACCUAGUUCAACGAAAAGUCACCAUCCCGCGGCCACACCAGAUCCGCUGUGACUGCGUGGAGUGUGUAUCGAGCUCCGAAGUGGACAGCCUUCGGCACUCCCGCUCACGUCUAAACAUCUACAGAACUCUUGCCAGCCCCUCUCUCAUCGCCCUUUCCAGCGAAGAUCCCAUCCUCACAGCAUUCAGGCUGGGCUGGGAGCUGAAGGAGCUCAGUAAGGUGGAGAACGAGUUCCGGCAGGAGUACGAGGAGCUGUCGCAGCAGUGCAAACGUUUUGCUAAAGACUUGCUGGAUCAGGCCCGUAGCUCCUGUGAGCUGGAGACCAUCCUCAACCAUCGGGAUGACCACAGCGAGGAGCUGGACCCCCGAGAGUGCAGAGACCUGGCCAAGCUCAAGCUAGCCAUCAAGUACCACCAGAAAGAGUUUGUAGCUCAGCCCAACUGCCAGCAGCUCCUGGCAACACUGUGGUACGAUGGGUUCCCAGGAUGGAGACGACGUCACUGGGCCGUGAAGCUUGUCACUUGCUUCAUCAUUGGCCUGCUCUUUCCUGUCUUCUCCGUCAUAUAUCUUCUGGCUCCAAAGAGCACCCUGGGAACCUUCAUCAAGAAACCUUUCAUCAAGUUCAUCUGCCACACUGCCUCCUACCUGACCUUCCUCUUCCUCCUCCUCCUCGCCUCACAGCAUAUUGUGCAAACUGAUCUGCAUGUCCAGGGACCUCCACCCACCAUUGUGGAGUGGAUGAUCUUACCCUGGGUUCUAGGCUUCAUCUGGGUGGAGAUUAAAGAGAUGUGGGAUGGUGGUUUCACAGAGUACGUCCAUGACUGGUGGAACCUGAUGGAUUUUGCAAUGAACUCUCUGUACCUGGCUACUAUAUCUCUUAAAAUGGUGGCCUACUUUAAGUACAACAGCUCUCGUCCUCGUGUGGAGUGGGAGAUGUGGCACCCUACGCUCAUCGCCGAGGCUCUCUUCGCCAUCGCCAACAUCUUCAGCUCGCUGCGUCUCAUCUCUCUGUUCACCGCCAACUCUCACUUGGGCCCACUGCAGAUCUCUCUCGGCCGCAUGCUGCUGGACAUUCUCAAGUUCCUUUUCAUCUACUGUCUGGUGCUGCUGGCUUUCGCCAACGGCCUCAACCAGCUCUACUUCUACUAUGAGACGAAGGCGUCCGAAGAGCCCAACCACUGCAAAGGGAUCCGUUGUGAGAAGCAGAACAAUGCCUUCUCUACACUGUUUGAAACUCUUCAGUCUCUCUUCUGGUCUGUGUUUGGGCUGCUGAAUCUGUAUGUUACCAAUGUGAAGGCUCGGCAUGAGUUUACCGAGUUUGUGGGGGCCACCAUGUUCGGCACUUAUAACGUCAUCUCACUGGUCGUGCUGCUGAACAUGCUCAUCGCUAUGAUGAACAACUCUUACCAACUCAUUGCUGAUCACGCGGACAUCGAGUGGAAAUUUGCUCGUACCAAGCUGUGGAUGAGCUACUUCGAUGAGGGAGGAACAUUACCACCUCCCUUCAACAUCAUACCAAGUCCGAAGUCUGUGUGGUACCUGUGUGUGUGGCUGCACUGCCGUCUGUGUGGACACAAGGAGGAGUGUAAACACGGAAACCUCAAAGAGUUCACGGAAAGGCAUGCCGAUAACCUUAUUCAGAACCAGCACUACCAGGAAGUGAUCAGAAACUUGGUAAAGCGAUAUGUUGCAGCCAUGAUCCGCAGCGCCAAAACAGAUGAAGGGCUGACAGAGGAGAACUUCAAGGAACUUAAGCAGGAUAUCUCCAGCUUCCGCUAUGAGGUUCUUGACCUGCUGGGCAACCGUAAACCACCGCGACGCACUUAUUCUUCUAGUAGCGAGGCCACUCAGCAGGACGAAACGGCUGAGCCUGAGGAAGAAGAGGACGGGGAGGGUGAUAGGCUUGGAGGACCCAGAUGUGCAGAUGGGGGAGAGUCAUCCAGAUCCGAACCAUCUACGUCCUUCUCCCAGUGUUACAGGAGAAACCGAGAGUCCCAGUUCAGCGUAUCGGCUCUCUUCAAAUCCAUGUCGGGACCAGCAAGAGAAAGAAUGGAAAGCAAUGGCUUGAGGAACAACAUAUCUAAUUCUUCUGCAUUUGUGCGGACCAGCAGCCGUCUGCAGUGCUUUUCUCGCUCCAAGAAAAACUCUCUGCAUCGUUUGGGAAUGCUAAUGUCUCGUAUGAACGGACACGUCCCCGUCCCGGACCAAUAUGCAGAGACGUCGGGAGAUCAGCAGUCCACAUACAGCAUCUCCGACCAAGUACCGCAAACAUCUUGGCAUGGUCCCCAGAUGCCAUCGAAGGUAACUCAAAGCGAGAUGCACCUGCACACGCUGGGACUGGGGCCACCUGAGACUGAACAGAACCCAAUGCAGGUCACAACUCAACGGGCAAACGGCAGGGACAGUCUCGUCCUCCGGCCGCCCAGCAACUCGCUGCCUCCGCUGCACUGUGCUUCCAGCCUGACUGCCUCCAGCGCUCAGCUCUUUGCCUCCAGUGAUGAUCUGUGCCAUGGCUGGUUGGGACCUUGUGACAGUUUGGGCUCCUCCAGCUGGGACCAAGAGGAGUCGGUUACGACACAGCUGUAGAAGCAAAGUCAGUUCAUUAACGUAAUGUUUCACAGCUUCAGCCAGGGAUUGAUUUCAGCUCCAACCCCAAACACACCUGAACCAGCUAAUCGAGGCAUUCGGGGGUUACUUGGUAAUUAUAUGCAGGUGUGUUGGAACUGGGAGGGUAGCUGGAAAUCCCUGGCUGAAGGCGACUGGUUCAAAGCUCCAACAACAGUCAAGGGCCUGUGACACUCAUACUUUAGCAUCUUUAUGCUUUGCACACAUCAGGCCUUAUUCACAAAACACGAGCAGAACGAAUUGUGUAAAAGCAUCCGUAAAACAUUAAUGCAAAAGUGUCAGUGCACCCAUUUACAUAUCGCCUAUCCUAACAAUUAGGAAAAUGUGUUCCACUCGUGUUUCUUGAUUGAGGCCACUGGGAAUUUAUAUUCAAAAGUGAGGUAUGUAAUUUCUGUGUGGGGAAAAAUAUAUAUUUUACUAUAAUGCCUAACACUCCCCUUUCUACCAUUGGUUGGAUACUACAAAGUAAAGUGAAAUUGUGGACUGCAUCUGAAAUUUUCCUACUAAUAUAUACAUACAUAUAUAUAUAUAUAACAGUAUGUGAAAAGACUGAUUAGUAUAUCCAACUUCGCAGAAUUCAUAAAACGGUACACAAAAGGUUCAAAAGUAUGCAUCCAGUGGACACUUUACUAUGCCAUGAGGCCUCUGGAGAGGAUUUGUGCAUAGGAAAAUAGCAGAAUAUAGCAGUGAAGUAACACAACUGAUGCUGGUAGGUUGCAUAAAUAUGUCCGGAUUACAUUCAUACUAUAUAGAAAAGUGGUUCCCAAAACCAGGGUCACUGAAGAUUUUCAAGAUGUCACCGAGCUCAUUCCAGUUUGAGGGUUACAAAUAUAAAUGGUAGAAGUUUGAAAAAACCACGAUAAAAUUUGAGAAUUUUUUAAAUAUGAGUUAAUAGUUUAUUUAUCAUUAAAACCAUGUUUAAUUAACCUACCGCAAUUUGGAAAAACUCACUGUAAACGCUGUCCAACAGUAAACAAAGUUAGUUACAUUCUCAUGAAGACAUACAGUAGCACAGAUUGUAUGAAUGCAUCUUUGAAGGGGAACAAGGGUCUUAAUUUCCAUGGCCUUUUCUUUUCACCUGCAUUUUCAUUUUCAUUGCAGAAGCGCCACCUGCUGUCAGACAGUGGAUUUGCUUUUUCAUUCAGCCCAUCUGCCGUUUUUGCUCAAGCCCAUGUAAAAAUCAGACCGAAAUAUGAUGCACUGUUGUAAAGUUUUACCAUUUAUGGAAAAUAAGCUAAUGUGCAUUCUAAAAAUCUAAAUUUGGAUAAGGUAUCUUAUAAUAUUAACAGAGCAGAUAAAAAACUAUUACAAAUAGAAAUUAUUUUGAUUCAACCCCUUUCCUUAAAAACGGUUUAAAGUCUGAAAUUAGAGUAUUUUUAAUUUAAUGGACUUUGGUAAGAGCCAUGAUCUAUGCAUAGGUGUAGUAUAAAUACAUAUUUCAUAUACCAUGUUGGUAUUAACAUGACCUAUAACAUCAGUCAUGUCACUUCCCCACAAUUUAUAAAAAUCAAAAAAAAAAAAAAAAAAAACCCUCAGAGCUCUUUAAAAUGUUCUAUACGAGUUAUUGGAUGCACCCUUAAGUAGGUGUUAUUGCAAUAUGUAUUUCAAGUACUUAUAUGUUCAGAUGCACCAUUAACAAUGUAGCAAUGCUUUUGCACAACUCCAUCCAAUGUAAAACCCUUUGUUUAUUUUACAAGGCUGUAAGUUAAUGUUUUAAACAAGAUGCAUUUACUUUUAAAUUGCAUACCAUCUGCAUCACACAUUAAGUUCUGGUGCUUCAUUGUCAACGCUAGUGCAAUAUUUUUGAAAACAAGCUUAAACUGCAGACCUGAACACCUGUGUACUAUAGAAAGUCCUUUUUAGAGCUCAAAGUGGAAGUAGAAACAAUGUAUCAGACAUAUUUCAUAUGUAAAUUUAUAGAUCUUGAAGUGACAUCGUCUCAGAAGACACAGAUAACAGAAUGUGGACUUAUAUAUAAUAUAUAUGCAUCUUUGUAAUAAACUUGUAUCUACACUAAACAAAUGUUAAUAAGGGCACCAAGUGAAGCUUAAAAAUAUACUUCCGAAAUAUGCAUCUAUGUAACUGAUAAUAUCUUUUCAUUUGUUUUUCACAGAUGUUUUAUUUGCAAAUGGUAUUACAGUAAAUAGUGAAUUUGCUCAAUAACAGAGCUUAGUAGAGUUAGUUUCUCUCAUGACUGGCCUCUAGACACUGUACAAGUAAUAAUUAAUACAUCAGAUCGAUUUGUGCAUUAGUAACCUCUUAUUUGUGUUUCUUCA